ACAGAAUAAUAUGCGACCAUGAUGCUCUAACCCGGCGUUACAAUAAUUUACAAACCAGUGGGCAAUUUGGCCCUCGAAUCCACUCAUUAUUGACUAAUCAUUCAAUAUAUAAAUACACACACAUCAUCAUCACAUAACAAAGCCUUCUCAUCUUCUGCUUCUUCAACUUCCAUUUGAAUCUCAAGAUGCACGCCAAGACCGAUUCGGAGGUGACAAGCCUCUCGGCUUCAUCUCCUACUAGAUCUCCCCGUCGUCCAGCCUACUUCGUCCAAUCUCCGUCGCGUGACUCUCACGAUGGAGAGAAGACAGCAACAUCAUUCCACUCAACACCUGUACUCACCAGCCCGAUGGGAUCUCCACCGCAUUCUCACUCUUCAUCGAGCCGCUUCUCCAAGAUCAACGGCUCAAAACGCAAGGGUCACGCUGGAGAAAAACAGUUUGCUAGGAUUGAAGAAGAAGGUCUUCUUGAUGAUGGUGGAGACAGACAACAAGAAGCUUUGCCUCGUCGAUGCUAUGUCUUAGCCUUCAUUGUUGGGUUCUCUUUGCUCUUUGCUUUCUUCUCGUUGAUUCUUUAUGCUGCUGCUAAACCUCAGAAACCUAAGAUCUCUGUUAAGAGUAUAACGUUCGAGCAACUUAAGGUUCAAGCUGGACAAGAUGCGAGAGGUAUAGGAACUGAUAUGAUCACGAUGAACGCGACGCUGAGAAUGUUGUACCGUAACACUGGUACUUUCUUUGGUGUUCAUGUCACGUCUUCUCCGAUUGAUCUUAGUUUUUCUCAGAUCACUAUUGGUUCUGGCACUAUUAAGAAAUUUUAUCAGUCAAGAAAAAGCCAAAGAACAGUGGUGGUGAAUGUACUUGGAGACAAGACUCCUCUCUAUGGAAGUGGCUCAACCUUAGUCCCACCACCACCUCCUGCACCAAUUCCAACAAAACCCAAGAAGAAGAAAGGGCCCAUCGUGAUCGUCGAACCACCAGCGCCUCCUGCACCAGUACCUAUGAGGCUAAACUUCACCGUUAGAUCUCGGGCUUACGUGUUGGGGAAGUUAGUUCAACCCAAGUUCUACAAGAGAAUCGUGUGUUUGAUUAAUUUCGAACACAAGAAACUCAGCAAACAUAUUCCCCUAACGAAUAAUUGCACUGUCACAUCUAUUUAAAAGAAGAAAAAGAAAAUACACAUGAAAGUGCGAGCAACGUCGUAUGGGGUAGUGUGCUUAUACAUGUGACAAGGUAGUGCGUUUCCGGUCUAUACAAAGAAGAUGAAUCAUCAUCAUCAGUGGGUUUUAUAAAUCUAUUUUGUGUGAUCUGAGGGCUUUUUGUUAAUGAUAUAGUAAACGAGAUGAUUUCUUUUUUUUUUUUUGGUUCUUUAAGGCAAAAUAUCAAUCUCCUUUAUAAUAUUUCUUAUCUAUAUAUAAGUUUUCUCUGUGCUAUAUACCGUGUAGCCUAUACACAAGAUACAAUUUUUACU